AUGUUGACAAAUUCAAAAAAUAAUCCUGAAAAAGACCCAGUGAUUUUUUGGUAUAAUGGUGGUCCUGGUUGUUCUUCUCUAUUAGGAUUAUUUACAGAAUUAGGCCCUUACCUUUUAAAUAAAGAUGGGUCUAAAUUAAUUGAAAAUCCUCAUUCUUGGAAUAACAAUGCUUCUGUGGUUUUUAUUGAAUCACCUGCUGGUGUUGGAUUUUCUUAUGCAACGGAUGGAAAUGUUGCCACAAAUGAUAAUAUUGCUGCUGAUGAUAAUUAUCUAGCAAUCAAGCAAUUUUUCAAAAAAUAUCCAAAAUUUCUAAAGAAUGAUGUUUAUAUUACCGGAGAGUCAUAUGCCGGUAUUUACUUGCCAAUGCUUACAUCUUUAAUUGUUAAAGGAAUGAGUAAAUUUAAAAUAAAUUUAAAGGGUCUAGCUAUAGGCAACCCUUAUUUAAAUAAAAAGUUGGAUUAUGAAUCAACACUUAUUUAUGCAUAUGGCCAUGGUAUAGUAGACGAGGAGCUUUGGCAGUCAGUUAAAAAGGAUUGUUGUAGAGGCUGUAUAGGUACUGUUAUUAUUUUAAUGAGUAGUAUUACGGUCCUAGCGAGGGACGUUCGGAAAAAUAUCGUGUUUUGUUUCGUAACGGGUUUUCAAAAACCCUUCGGUGUUCGGAUCGGGAAAAGCACUGGCACGGAUUUCGGAUGUCAUGACCCAUUCCUCUCUUAUGUGUCAUCCCUCCACCAUCCCUCCUCUUCGCUCAGCAUCAUUCUAAAAGUUUAA